CAGUUCCUUAUUCUGUAAGUGGUGCCAAGGGCUGGCGGUGCCACAGAAGCGGAGACUGGAGAGCAAAGGAUGGGUCCGCACUGCGCAGCUAGCCUGCAGCGAGGCCCCAGCCCCUGGAGGUUGCUUCUCCCCGCCAUCCUGCCGCUACUGGUGCUGCUCCUGCUGCUGCUGCCGACGCCGUCAUGCUCGGGUGCAGAGGACGGCCGGCCGCCUCAUCUCGUCUUCUUGCUGGCUGACGACCUGGGCUGGAACGACGUGGGCUUCCACGGCUCGAGCAUCCGCACGCCGCACCUGGAUGCCCUGGCAGCCGGCGGGGUGCGGCUGGACAACUACUACAUCCAGCCGUUGUGUACGCCAUCGCGAAGCCAGCUGCUCACAGGCCGCUAUCAGAUCCACACAGGUUUACAGCACCAAAUAAUCUGGCCCUGUCAGCCCAACUGUGUUCCUCUGGAUGAAAAACUCCUGCCCCAGUUUCUAAAAGAAGCAGGCUAUACUACCCACAUGGUUGGAAAAUGGCACCUGGGAAUGUACCGGAAAGAAUGCCUUCCAACCCGCCGAGGAUUUGAUACCUACUUUGGAUAUCUCCUAGGUAGUGAAGAUUACUAUUCCCAUGAGCGUUGUACAUUAAUUGAUGCUCUGAAUGUCACACGUUGUGCUCUUGAUUUUCGAGAUGGUGAAGAAGUUGCAGCUGGAUAUAAAAAUAUAUAUUCAACAAACAUAUUUACGGAAAGGGCUACAGCCCUCAUAGCUAACCAUCCUCCAGAGAAGCCUCUAUUUCUCUACCUUGCUCUCCAGUCGGUACAUGAGCCCCUUCAGGUUCCUGAGGAAUACUUAAAGCCAUACGACUUUAUCCAAGAUAAGAACAGGCGUCACUAUGCAGGAAUGGUAUCUCUUAUGGAUGAAGCAGUUGGAAAUGUCACAGCAGCCUUAAAAAAUCAUGGGCUCUGGGACAACACGGUGUUCAUCUUCUCCACAGAUAAUGGAGGGCAGACUUUGGCUGGAGGCAAUAAUUGGCCCCUUAGAGGAAGAAAAUGGACCCUGUGGGAAGGCGGUAUUCGAGGUGUGGGCUUUGUGGCAAGCCCCUUGCUGAAACAGAAAGGUGUGAAGAACCGGGAGCUCAUCCACAUUUCUGAUUGGCUGCCUACCCUGGUGAGGCUGGCAGGAGGACACACAAAUGGCACCAAGCCCCUGGAUGGCUUCGAUGUGUGGAAAACUAUCAGUGAAGGAAGCCCAUCCCCCAGAGUGGAGCUGCUGCAUAACAUUGACCCGGACUUUGUAGAUGUAUCACCAUGUCCUGGGCACAGCAUGGUUCCAGCAAAGGAUGAUUCUUCUUUUCCAGAGUACUCAGGCUUCAACACAUCUUUCCAUGCCGCAAUUAGACACAGAAACUGGAAACUCCUGACGGGCUACCCAGGCUGUGGUUACUGGUUCCCACCACCAUCUCGAUCCAAUGUUUCUGAGAUACCAUCAUUGGACCCACCGACCAAAACACUCUGGCUCUUUGAUAUUGAUCAGGACCCUGAAGAAAGACAUGACUUGUCAAGAGAACAUCCCCAUGUCAUCAAGCAGCUCCUUUCUCGACUGCAGUUCUACCACAAGCACUCAGUGCCUGUGCACUACCCCGCACAGGACCCCCGCUGUGACCCAGUGGGCACUGGGGUGUGGGGCCCAUGGAUGUAGGGUUUCCAGCAUUUGGGGAAGGGUAGAAAGCCUUUCUAUUGCAAGUUGGACCUCAAGCCUUUACUCAUGUGACCCUCAUCUCAUUUAUUCUCCCAACCUGGGUUCACCUAGCCCUUCUUUACUCCUAAGGCACAUUGGCGUAUCUAGUUUCAAC